AAAGAAAAUGCUGCACUUAAAGGUCAGAGCGCCUCUGUGCUGCCUGGCUUCAUGCUGUGAAGAAAGAACGUAAACACAGUUUGUGACUGAGUGAAGGAGAGGAAAGUCACUCUGGUUGUAAGGGGGCGGGACUAAAACUAAGAAGAUGAGUGUCAGUCUUGCCUGAUGAAUCAAAGAGGAAAGAUGAAGUGGAUACUGAUGAGCCUCCAUUUUGUUGUUUGUUUCUCCAUGAGUUUUUCAUCAAAUUCACACAAAGUCACACAAACUGCAGACACUGAAGUGAUUAAGGGAGAGACGGUGAACAUCAGCUGCUGCUUUGCAGAGACGUUUCAAAGAGGAAGAGUGUUUUGGCUCAAAAAUGGAAUAAAAAUGGAUCAACGUGUGAUUACUGCUAAAGAAAACCAAACAUGUUUUAUUUUUACCUUUUCGAACUUCACAAGUCAGAGUUCUGACAAUUACACCUGUAACAUUUCUGUGGAGAUACCAAAAUUGAUUAAACUCGAUGGAAACGUAACGAUCAUCAGACAAAAAACCACAGAGGAGCAGAGAGAGAAUUCAACAGAAGAUGAUGUAGAAUCUCCAGAAAGAAAUCUUACAAUCCCCGUCACAGCUGCUCUGGCCGUGGCGUCGCCUUUGAUUCUGAUCACCACCGUCUGUUUUUGCUGGCUGCAAAAGAGCAAAGGGAAAACAGCCGAGCCGAUCUAUGAGGUUCCCCACGGUGACUCUGAAGGGACAGAGAUGGACAAGCACAGCACCAGCUCCUCCAGAGGCUCUUCUCAAUGGUGCCAGGUUCCUCUGUAUGAAUCUCUAGCCUACUUUGAGCAAGGGGAGAACAAAUAGAGGGAAUGAGGAUCAUCACCAGCUACAUCUCAUCAUGUUAAUAGCACCAGUCUUCUAAAGUUCUGUAAAUAAAUCUAUUCCUGUCUAAGGCAAACCUUUGUUGAUGCUUGUGGUAAAAUUUGUUGACAUCCAAAUGAGUGUGACACAUGCUUUUUUGACCUCUAAAGACUAAAUGUUGUUGUUUUUUGUGCGGUUUUCUCGUCCGUUCUCGUCAGUGUCUCUUGAACUGAGGGAGCAGCUCGUUCAGUUACAGUUACAAAGCCUUACCUGAGUGGAAAGUGUGGUCUCAACGCUCUGCUGCAGAGAACGUCAAAGGCAGGAAGGGGAAAAAGUGUUUGUUGUGGUCAAAGGUUUGCUGCAAGACCAGCGAACGUCAUGCAACUAAUUCACUGGUCUCCGUAAACAAAUGUGUUGUGUUCUGUUGAAUUCAGACAGUCUCCAGGUAAAACUGCUGAAAGGUUUUACCAACAUGAACCCUGUCAAUACUUCACUGCUGCUGCUCCUGUUAGAGGGGGUUGUUACAAACCAAAACUACAGAUGGGACUGUUAAAGGCAUAAAAAGACACUAUAAACUCUAAAGAAUGUGUUCUACUUAGUUGUGUUGCCUCUCUGGGGAGUUCUUGUCAAACUUGACAAACAGUUUAUAUAAAUAAAUGUUUGUUUAAUUUUAAAAACUCUGAUUUGAGAGCUAAAUGGAAUCAUCUUUAAGUCACAAAACUGGACAAAGAAUCACCAGUUAAUUCCUGUUGAUCUGCAGGAUGAGAGGAGCCUCCAUGGUCCAGGCAUCUGCACAACUGUGUGUUUGAGGUGGUAGUCUGCAGUACUGGAGCCCCCCCAGGGAACCGUCCUCUCACUUCUUCACCCUCUACACUUUGGACUUCACAAAUAACACCACCAGCUGUCAUCUCAAGAAGUACUCAGAUGACUCAGCCACCGUGGGCUGUGUGUCUGAAGGAGACGAUGUGGAGUACCGGUCAACCAUCAAGAACUGUGUGAGCUGGUGUGGCUGCUGUCCUUAAACACCAGCGAGACCCAGGAGAUGGUGAUCGACCCCCGAAGACAAAGAGCUGUGGCCCACGUACCGCUGAACUUCCAAGGAACUGACACAAACACAGUCGACAGUUUCAAGUACUAGUUUGACUGCCUCAACUACAAACUGGACUGGUCCCACAACCGGAACAGGAAGGGCCAAAGUUGCCUACUUCUCCUAAGGAGACUGAAGUGGUUUGGAGUGUGCAGACUUUUGCUUAGAACGUUUUCUGACUCUGUGCUGAACUCUGCCUUUCUUUACCCUGUUGUCUGCUGUGGAGAGAGCAGCACCAACCGGGGCGAGGAAAAACAGAACAAGCUGUUCGGGAGCAUUCUGUCCUGGACGAGGAUGUUGACCAAAAGCUUUCACGCACGUCAAAUUCGCAUCAGACGCCUUUCUUUCAACGCGUGUUCAACUUCCUGAUUUGUUGCUUGUCCAAAAAUGUGUUUACAAACUGGACACCAGGGAGAAGAUACUGUUGAAAGCUUUUAGCCUCAUGAGGAGAACAUGUUGAAUCCCUGAUUGGUUGACAGCCGACGCUGAAAUCAUACCGCAAGACGUCUGAUCGCAUCUGGGGGUUGACUUAAAAUUGAAACUGGACGCCCCUGACGCAAAUCUUGUUCAGUGUGAACACAACUUUUUGUCUUUGCUUUGUUGUCUCAGUGAAUUUUUUGCAGGUGAGCUAAAAUUUCCAAACGGAAUUAAGUCAGCAUUAUGAGAGAGCUGUCUGUUUUAACAUGUUCUUGGUGUUUUGGGACGUCAUGGCGCGAUAUGAUGAGGCCUCAUUUGUCUGUACUGUGUCUCCGGGACUCACAGCUGGCCUUGAUCAGAGUAUUUAAUCAGAUUUGUCAAACCACUGGCAGUGGUCUUGUUCUGUUUAACAGCAUUUUUCCACUCAAUGCAGCCCUGUGUGCACCUAUGUGUGUCAUUUUUCUGCAAAACAAAAUGACACAAACCGCAGUAAGUCGGCCUGACCCUCACAACAAACACAACUCAGCACCAAUAGCAGAGUCUGGAUCGGAGACUGUUGGUGUGAAAACCUGAGCGACCAAACGAGCACAGCAGAAACUUAUCCAAA